AGCCGGCGCGCCCACAAUGAGCCUGGGACGCAUGCAUCGAUGUCGCACAUGCAGCAGAUAUAAAAAUCAUGACGACGGCAUGAUGGCUGGUUGUUUGUUGACAUACACACUACGCACAUACACAUACUGCGUUUGCUUUCACCCAUCGAGGGGAGUCACUUCAUUCACCGGCUUCCGCUGCUGCUUCUUUGGUUUUCUACCCUGGCUUUUCUUCUUCCCUUCAACUCAUCUCUUUCCAUCUCUCCUGCAUCCCCCCAACAUCCUCUCGCAUAGAACUCUACAACUUCAGAUCCAACCACAAACACUCUCCACCACCCUCCAUACCGUUUCAUCAUCAGCAAUCAUGACCGACAACGCGAAGAUCAAGUCAGCGUUCAGCGAGCGCGAGAUUGUGCUCAUGGCUUGCGCCUUCAACGCCAUGAAGAGCCCUCUUGACAUCGACUACAACCGUAUGGCCGCACUCGCCGGAAUGUCCAACCCCCGCUCCGCCUCAAAUGCCAUGGCAACCAUCAAGAAGAAGCUUGCUGCCUCCCUUGACAGCACCCCAACUAACGGCACUACACCCCCCGCCAACGGCACCCCCACUCCCAGCACGCCCGCCCGCGGCCGCGGCAGGAAGCGCGCCGCCCCCACGCCGAGCUACGCCGAGGACGGCGAGGACGACGAAGCCGAGGCUGAGGCCGAGACUGCGCAGCCCAGGAAGAGGGCCAGAGCUGCCAAGGGACAAGCGCCGAAGAAGGCCGCUGCUGCUGCGGGAAAGAGGGGCGCGGCGAAGGUGAAGACUGAAGUGGUUGAUGAGGAGGCGGAGAGCGAGGGAGGAGAAGUGGACGGCGAAGGCGAGGCUGAUGCAGACCCCACGGCCGCCCUCGCCGCCGCCACCGCAGACAACGACAACGGCUACGGCGACGCCGUCUACGGCGCCGGCAGCACCGAGCUGGAAGUCUAGGCUCCGACAAUACCUACGCUCUACACGCCACGUACCCGACAGACACUUAGUUAAACGCCAUACGAGGCAAACGACGCACUCGAACAAACGGAUUCGCCCAGUUUACGCGGGAGCAAGCGUGCGUGCGAGCGACGGCUGUGCUGUGCUCAUGGUUGUGGUUGUUUUUGGCUAUGGCUAUGUGGCUGUCGACUGGGUCCGUAACGUUACGCCUUGCAUGCGUGCAGUCUGGCUGGGGUAAGAGCGCAGUGCGAACAGUUGGGUAGUGCGGGGUCUAGGAACUAGGGUGUUUUGGGGUGGUUUGGAUAUGGAAAAUGACGAUGAUGAUGGCGAUGGUGGUGGGCAAGACGACUACCUAGCUUGCUGGACUGGCUGGCUGGCUGGCUUUUUCCCUUUUUUUUUCUUUUACUCCUGUUCCUGCCUUUUCUCUUUCCUUCGAUUUCCCACUCAACAUUGCACAGCACG